AUGGCAGACAGUCGACAGCCUGAAGACGGCGCCCCCCAGUGGAGUCCAUCAGCAGGGCAGGAGGCGCCCAGUCCCAUUGGAGCUAAUGGAUACUCCUCCUCCUCCUUCAGAACAUGUCAGACUGGGACCAUCAUGAGUGGGGGUCCGUACACAGCCCGAGAGAAUGGAUUCAAUGGAGACCUAACUGGGGCCCAUGCCAUUACAGCAGAGCAAGUGUCAGCGAGGAUUGUGCAGGAGGUGACUGCAGAGGCUGUGGCUGUGCUCAAAGGGGAACAGGAAAGUCAAAAGCUGCCAUCAGGUGAGCUGUCAAGCAUUGAAGACACCACAAAUUUGCCUCCGUCCCCUCCCCCCUCUCCUGCUGCAGAGCACUUUGGACCACUGGAGCAAGCGUCCGGUUCUCAGCUCCCAUUGAAGCCGAAUGUUGCCAGACAGUCCCGAGACAGAGCAUCGGAUGGAGGGUCUCGAAGCCCCAUUCGGAGAUACGCCCGCCCCACAGCCACAUGGACUCGCCGCGUUCACCAAGAUCACGAGGAGAGCUCCACCUCCAUCACCAGCUCUGGCUCCACAGCUCCACGUAGACCUACAUUCACACAGACAAUGCGCUCCCGUUCAGCCCGGAGUGGUCACUCUACACCUCGGACCCCCGGUUCUGCAGCCGUGACUCCCAGUACUCCCCCCAGCUACUCCUCCUCCUCCAGGACCCCCGGGACCCCUCGCUCGCUCAGUCUCAUCUCACAAGAGAGGAAGGUGGCUGUGGUCCGCACCCCACCCAAAUCUCCCGCUACAACACCCAAACAGCUCCGGAUCAUCAGUGAACCACUGCCUGACUACAAAAACGUCAAGUCUAAGAUUGGAUCCACAGAGAAUAUCAAGUACCAGCCUAAAGGUGGACAGGUAAGACUAUUACCUCAAAUUGUAAAGCUGGACUAUAGCCAUGUUCAGUCUAGGUGUGGCUCGCUGGACAGGAGGGGCUACUCAGCAGGGGGUGGACACGUGCAGAUACAGAAUAAGAAGAUUGACUUGAGUCAUGUGACCUCCAAGUGCGGCUCUCUAGACAACAUCCAUCAUCGACCAGGGGGUGGUAAUGUACGUAUUGAAAGUGUGAAGUUGGACUUCAAAGACAAAGCCCAAGCCAAGGUGGGUUCCCUGGAAAAUGCCCAUCACACUCCAGGUGGAGGCCGAGUGCUGAUCGAGAGUCACAGGCUGAUGUUCCGCGACCAGGCGAGGGCCCGAGUGGACCACGGGGCCGACAUCGUGGUCCAGUCUCCGCGGCGCUCCGGCUCCAUGUCCCCCAGCCGCCUCCGGGACCUGUCCUCCUCCGGCAGCCUCAACUUUAGCGAGUCCCCACAGCUCUCCACCCUGGCCAAGGACGUCACCGAAGCUCUAGCCAAGCAGGGCUUGUGAAUGCCCCAUCCCAUCGGACUAUUCUGGCUUCUCCUGCCACCAUCGGGCCAACAAUACUGUAUCCAAACCACAGCCUCUAACUAUCAACAUCCACACAAAACAGUAGAGACUUAAUUUAGGAGCUUAAAGUAUUUCUUGUCGAUUUUGAACCUGGAUAUGUGCAAUUUCUAAUUUAAUGGCCUCCUAUUUUGGACAAUGGUAUAAUAGAAGUUUUGAAGAUUGAUUGAUAUUACCAGAUAUUUGCUUGGUUCUGCUACGUGUUUUAAAGAAGCCACACUUUUAUUUUUCUUGAAGUAGAAAGUAAAGUGGCCCCUUACUCCAUGCAGCACGUAUGGUUCUUGCUCAGUAAAUGUGCAUGGACUCCAUAUCCCUU